GUGGUCGGUGGUCAGCUUUGGACCGUGGAGUCCCGGGUUUCUCGGCUCGGCGCCCUCCUCCAGGGGUUAGGAGGAGCGCCGGGGGCAUCCUCGAGGUUUCUGCCGGGCUUCGUAUCAACCGCGAGCGAAAGCCAUGGCUCAGAGCGCCGGGAAAGACGAGGCUCGACCCGCUCCCGGAUGCCCGUGAUGCGGGGUCUGAUCGCGCCACAGAACACCUUUUUGGAUACUAUCGCCACUCGUUUUGAUGGCACCCACAGCAACUUCGUCCUGGGGAAUGCUCAGGUCGAGUCUCUCUAUCCCAUUGUCUACUGCUCCGAUGGCUUCUGCGAACUGACCGGCUUUGCCCGCGGCGAGCUGAUGCAGAAGAGCUGCAUGUGUCACUUUCUGUACGGGAGUGAGACCAGCAACCCUCUCACCACACAGAUGCAAAAAGCUCUGGAUGAACGCCGGGAGUUCAAGACUGAAAUCAUUCUGUACAAGAAGAGCGGCUCUAAGUUCUGGUGUCUGUUGGACAUUGUUCCCAUCAAGAACGAGAAGGGCGAGGUGGUUCUGUUCCUGGUCUCACAUAAGGACAUCACAGAAAACAAGGACCAGGACCAUGGCAAUGAAUCNNUCUCAGACGAGGAAACUGGUCUGGAGAUUCGCCAGAUCAGCUGCCCCUCAGGCUGUAACAUGGAGCGCCGGCGCAGUCGGGCUGUCCUCUAUCAGCUGUCGGGACACCUGCAGAAACAGGACAAAACCAAGAGCAAGCUGAAGAUCAACAAUAGUGUUCUCGGAGCCAAUGCGAACCCUGUCCCCGAGUAUAAGGUGGCCGAUGUCCAAAAAUCCCGUUUCAUCCUCCUUCACUACGGUGCAUUCAAGGCCGGCUGGGAUUGGCUGAUCUUGUUGGCCACUUUCUACGUGGCCAUCACGGUUCCCUAUAACGUUUGCUUCACAGCUGUGGAAAUACGAGAGGACGGCGGCUCGGCAGCGCGAAACCCACCGAGUAACUUCGGCGUUCACAUGCUGAAGACGGUGCGCCUGCUACGCCUUUUACGCCUCCUGCAGAAGCUGGAUCGUUACUCCCAGUACAGCGCUGUGGUCCUCACGCUGCUCAUGUCCACCUUUGCACUGCUGGCCCACUGGAUGGCCUGCGUGUGGUACUUCAUUGGGCGCAGCGAGAUCGAAAGUAAUAGCCUCACCUCCUGGGAUAUAGCAUUAAUGCAUGCUGUGGUUUUUGGUAACGUGACCGCCAUCAUCCAGAGGAUGUACUCACGUCGCUCCCUCUACCACACCCGCACCAAGGACCUGAAGGACUUUAUUCGUGUGCACAGGUUACCCAAGGUGCUGGAGCAACGCAUGAUGGAGUGUUUCCAGACAACCUGGUCUGUCAACAACGGUAUUGAUGUCAGUGAGCUGCUGAAGGACUUCCCGGAUGAGCUCAGAGCCGACAUCGCGAUGCACUUGAACAAAGAGCUGCUGCAGCUGCCGCUCUUUGAAUCGGCCAGCAGGGGGUGUCUGCGCUCCCUCUCCCUGAUCAUCAAGACCUCCUUUUGCGCUCCGGGGGAGUUCCUCAUCCGCCAGGGUGACGCGCUCCAGGCUAUCUACUUUGUGUGCUCCGGCUCCAUGGAAGUCCUGAAGGACAACACUGUGCUGGCCAUUUUAGGUCGCGGUGACUUGAUUGGCUCUGACUGUCUGACACAGGAGGAAGUUAUAAAGACCAACGCCUGUGUGAAAGCAUUAACCUACUGUGAUCUGCAGUACAUCAGCCUCAAAGGGCUGCGUGAGGUGCUCUGCCUCUAUCCCGAUUACGCUCAGAAGUUCAUCACGGAAAUCCGGAACGAUCUGACGUACAAUCUACGAGAAGGGCACAACACUGAGGGAGACUGUGAGAGUAAUGGAGGAAUCAUGAAAAAGCUUCCUUCCAUUAAGGAAGAUGAGGAGGGCUCAGGGUCCGAGGGCGAACGCUCCCCUCUGCCCAAGAUGUCAUCCCUUGGCAGGCUGGGCCGCGGCCUGCGUUCCCCCCUCCGCUCCCCUCUUCGAUCCCCGCUUCUGCCGCCGAGGCCCUUCCGGCCAGCAAGCGAUCCCGUCCGGCCCUCCAGCCUGCAGAUCCCUGUUGUGAGCUUCAGCUGCCUGCAGCCGGACCUCAGCCCUCGGUUUGUGGAUGGGAUCGAGACAGAAAACCAGAGCGGUUCAAUUCCGAGAUUUGAUUUUUCUCCCAGUGCAACCCAGAGCUUUCUGCCCGGCCCGGAUUCAGCCACCUCAGGGGCCCGGGAUGAAACCAUGCAAACCAUUACAAAGCUUAAAUAUGAGAUGUCUGUCCUCUCCCAUCAAGUAUCCAUUGUGAGUCAGGAGCUGCAGGAAAUGACGCGACUUCUCAGGCCUAUCUUUCACAACCCGUCCGCACUGCUGACUCCCAGUGCCGUGACUCCCUCGCCCAGCGUGUCCCCACUCAGCUGCUCUCUGGCCCUACACCUCAAUACCCAGCGUGCACCUGUGCACUGUUCUGAUGAUCAAAAUCCUCCGUCGUCCAUGAUGCAUGAACCGCCCUCUCCACAGCUGAGCAUGACCGAGGUGUUUCAAGGAGAGUUCGAUCCACUUUCUUCUUCUCCUUCCCCCCAUAGUCCUCCAUUCUCUCACCAAACCAGUACCACUCCCCCGGUCUCUCACCGCUCGGCUCCCCCUUCGCUCAACAGCUCUCCCCACGAGCACACAAUCAUGCCACAUCCCUCCUCUUCCACCUCCAUCCCUUCUCUUUCUUCAUCAAGCCACCCAUUAUCCAUCACUCCCCUUCUGGUGGAUUUAUCAGAGCCACAAUCACGGCUUCGGCCCCACUUCCCACUCCAAUCCCAUUCUGAGUCCCACCUCCAGUCAGAGACCCACUUCAUAUCCCAGUCUUAUCCUUAUUCCCUUUCCCAGUCUGACAUCCAGCCUCAGAUUUCUCUCCAAACCUCCAGCAUGGCGUCACGUUCCCGAGAGCCCCUCCUGGACCUGCAGAGGGUGGAGUGGGGGGAGCACACCACCCAGCUUAGCCUCGUAGAUGAGGGACAGUCCUCGAUGUGAGCACACAGGAAGACUGGGACACUCGACGGGAGCAGCAUGCCACACAUCCUACUGCAUGACAAAGUUUGGCAUGCGGGUUACAAUGUAAAUAUGUUGAUUUUAAACUGUUGGAAACUGUUAUCAUGAGCACCUUCAAGAAGA